AGUCACAUGUAAUACAGUCACAUGUAAUAAAAAGCCAUUUACAAUAACGCUUUUCCAACGUCGAGCUUCUUCUGCAUGCCUAUCAAAUGUUUGAUAAAAUGCCUCACAAAAAUCACAAUUCGUAAAGUUGUAUAAAUGAUGUACGUAAAUGCCUUCGAUGGAGGGCAUGAGCAGCCUUGGUUUGAUAGAUAGACUUUAUGGGUUUAUGGGCCAUUUCAAGAAAGCUUAUUUUUAAGUCCACUUUCAGAAUGAUUCAAUGUGUUUGACAUUGCUUGAUUAGAGUUAUCUCUAGUUCUGGCAUUUAUUUAUUUUUUUCAUGUCUUUCAAUUGCGUUAAUCCAGUGUUGCAACUUGCCGUCUUGAAAAUGUUGAAGCUUGCCCCUUCAAUUUUGUACUUAUUGUAAACUUGUUCAGCUAAUGCUAGAAUCAUUAUGGAGAUUGACAAAAUUGCCGAGCUGAAGAGUUUUCUCAAGGUUCUUCCCCCAGUUGGAUUUUGUUGCGUCUAUGGCUCGUCUCUCCAUCCAAAUAAUAACGACAAGUCAUCCAUGGUAGAUUAUAUUAUUGGCGUAUCAGAUCCCAAGCAAUGGCAUUCUGAGAAUAUGGAAUUGAAUGGAGAUCACUAUGCCUCCUGGAUGGUGCCCCUUGGCGGUGCAAAACUGAUUACUCAAGUUGCAGAUAAGAUUGGUGUAGGAGUGCACUUUAAUCCAUUUGUAACAUGGAAUGACAAGGUUCAUAUACUCGUGGAUAAUUUGGAUAUUGCAGAUGUAAACUCUGUGAAUCUGAGGGCUGCAGUCUCUGCUGCUCUUCUCCUUUUGCCAUCCAAAUUCACCGAGGAAGAUUUGUACUCCAAAAUAUGUAGCCUCUCAUAUAUGGGUGACUUGCGCAUGCUUUUUGCAGAGGAUAAAAAUAAGGUGAAGAGGAUUGUUGAAGGACAGUUUGGUUUAUUCCAAUCGAUGUAUAAACCAUUUCUAAAAGAAUACGAGGCUAAAGAGUUACUGACAUUCUCAUUGCCUAAUUCUCAUCAGGCUACUAUCUCUCAGGACUGCAGUUUAUCAAUGACUCAUUCCUUAGUUCAUUCACUUCCUCCCCUUGUCAGAAGAAAACUGGGGAUGAAGCUAGGAGAGAUGCAAGUGCUGAAGGAUUCUGGUCAAGUUUUACAUGAAGUCGUGAUUGGUUCAAGAGAAGAGGCUGCCAGGAGUAUGCAAAGGAUUAUCAAGCGUACUGUUAUGGUUUCAAGUGCAAGGCAGGCUGUCUCUGGUUUCCUGGCUGCUGGUGGUAUUAAUGCUGCUAGAUAUCUUGCUAAUAAAGUGUGCAAGGCUUGGAAAUCUUGGACAUGAUGCAGCACAUCUUCCCCCUCAUUUCCUUGCCCCGCCCCAGUUUUGUGCAUACUCUGAAAUAGUUCAGCCAGGACAAUAGUUAUAUUUUCUUGACGAGGAAUCCCACUGGUGCCAGAACACACCAGGUGCCUAAAUUGCCGCUAACUUAAGCAGCAGAUGAGUAGAAAGCAUACGCAUUUUUACUUUUAUACCGAGUAGGGCUUCCCAUUAAAAAAAAAUGGCCAUACGUAGAUGAGAUGAAGGAUAGAUACUUAGCUGGAAGAACAAGCUUUAUAUCGCUGAUCUAUUUCAUACUUUGUAGAGGAGCAUUUCAUUAUUUCCUUGCUACACUUGUUAUUGAAUUUCUUUGUUCUUGGAGAGGAAAGUUUUGUAAUGACUUGUAUAUCGUCUUAUGUAUCAUAUAGUAUUUAGAACAUGUGAUAGUUCGAACCC